AUGAAGGAAAAAUCGAAAUCCUUGGGAAAUGAUGUGUCUAAUUCAAACUUGACUGAUGUUUCCGGAGACGAGGGGGAUGAAACUUCCAGUGUAGGUAGCACUUCUACAACAGAUAACACUUCAAGGAGUGCAACCCCCACAAACCGCGCUAAAAAAAAACGUAAAGGUAAAAAGAAAAGUUUGUCGGCACAGAAGGUACUGAAACCCAUAUACAAAUUUACCUGCAGUAUCAAAGAGGACCAUGGGCAGCCCCUGUUUGGUGUGCAAUUCAAUCACCACGUUAGAGAAGGUGAACCUUUCAUAUUCGCUGCAGUGGGCAGCAACAGAGUCACUUUAUAUGAAUGUCCAGAAGGGAAUGGAAUAAAAUUAGUGCAAUGCUAUGCAGAUCCUGACUUGGACGAGAAUUUCUACACAUGUGCAUGGUCCCAUGAUGAUUUUGGGAAACCUCUAUUGGCCGUGGCAGGUUCUAGAGGGGUUGUGAGAAUUUUGCAACCAUCUACGAUGAGUUCUGUGAAGCACUAUAUCGGACAUGGGCAUGCAAUUAACGAGCUGAAAUUUCAUCCAAAGGAUCCAAAUUUAUUACUCUCUGUUUCCAAGGAUCAUUCCCUUAGAUUGUGGAAUACUAAGAGUGAUGUUUGUAUUGCUAUUUUUGGCGGGGUUGAAGGUCACAGAGAUGAAGUUUUAAGCGCGGAUUUCGAUUUGUGCGGGAACAGGAUAAUGUCCUGCGGAAUGGACCACUCGCUGAAGCUCUGGCGGUUGGACAGGGACGAUAUGAAGGACUGCAUCAAGCAGUCGUACAACUGGAACCCGAACCGCAGCACGCGCCCCUUCGACUCGCUCAUCGAGCACUUCCCGGCCUUCUCGACGCGCGACAUCCACAGAAAUUACGUGGACUGCGUGCGAUGGCUGGGCGACUUCGUGCUGAGCAAGUCGUGCGAGAACUGCAUCGUCUGCUGGAAACCGGGGCGUUUGGAGGACGAGAACCUGAGGAAGGGCGAGACGACGUCCACCGUGAUACACAGAUUCGAGUACAGGGAGUGCGAAAUUUGGUUCGUGAGGUUCGCGAUGGAUUUUUGGCAAAAGAUUCUUGCCUUGGGAAAUCAAACAGGUAAAGUAUUUGUCUGGGAUUUGGACGUUUCAGACCCUGCUCAAGCUCGUUCUUACACUUUACAACACCAUCGUUGUACCACAGCCAUCAGACAAACCAGUUUGAGCCGAAACUCCAACAUUUUACUUUGCGUUUGUGAUGAUGGUACCAUUUGGAGAUGGGACAAAAUCAUCUAA